CCGGAAGCUCUUUACUAUACGCCACUCUGGCCGCCGUAACGGUGGUGAACCCUGCUGCAGGUUCUUCUUCUUCGAUCUCCGACCACCAUCUUUUUUCUCUUCUUUCCCAAUUACCCAUUGAUUAUGGCUAAUCUUUGAUCCAUUCUGUUUCCAAAUCUCCCAUUUCAAUAUCGUUUUUCUGGGUUUUUUUUAUAUCUUUUCAACCAAAUCUAUGUCGAUUCUUUGUUGCUUUACUUCAUCGCCAGGAAGAAACAAGAAAACUAAGGAACAGAAGGAUGAUAAGAUUCUCCAGGUGAGAUUACAACAUCUAGAGAACCCUAUACAUACAGAUGAUCUAGAAUCAGAGUCAAAGUCAACAUUCAGCUUGGAUGUACCCUUCUCUAUUCCCAAGAGUUCAACCUGCAAUAUCAAGGUUGUCAGCCAUGAAAGUCCUGUAAAAAAAGCUCAACUUCUUCAAGAAGAAGAAGAAGAAGAAGAAGAGGUAGCAUAUGAAGGUGAAGAUGAACACGAAAAAGAUUCAUAUUCAAAUCCAAAUCACCGAGUUUCCAUCGGUAAAAUGCCGAUUCAAGAACAAGAUGGGUACAAAAACCCGAAUCUUGUUGAUCAUCAUAACAACUCUUCAGAUAUCGAGAUGAAAAAUGAUGGACAUUUAAGUGAUCCUGGGGCUUCAAAACGGCCGUUUUUAGCUUCUCCGAAGCUAAAACGAUCUUGUUCGAAUCUAGAAACGAAAAGGGUUCCCAUCUUGAAGAAUAUAAUCCUUCCUAGUGAAUCUUAUGAAGAUUUGCAGCGGCUAGGUGAUGGUUGUAUUAGUCCUGUUUCGGUAAUGAGUCAUUGUAGUGCAGAUAAAGUGAUCUUGAGAAAGUGUUCUUCGAGUCAAAUCUUGCCGUCGAAAAGCAGGAGAUUAUGGUGGAAACUGUUCUUAUGGAGCCAUAGAAAUCUACAUGAACCGGUUAAAGGGAUUCAAAGCCGGCUUUUUGUUAACAAUCAACAAGGAGGGUAUUCUUCGGAUACCCUCGAACCAAAUCGAAGAAUCGAGAACUCCAAAUCAAAGUCCACGAAAUUAGAAAAAGGCAACAAUGGAGAUGAUAGAUGGAAUGUGAUUCAUGGAAGUUCUGGUUUAUGGCCACAGAAUCAAUGGAUGGCUUUUUCUGGUGGAUCACCAUUGAUGAGAGUAGAUGAAUGGGUUCAAGAAAUCCCAGCAGAGCCUGUUUUUGGAAUUUCUAAUGAAGAAGAAGAGAGUGAAAUUACCUUUCCACCCUCACCCGAUAAUGGUAAACAGCCGGCAUCGAGCCAUUUAGCCAGAAACGUCAAUCUUCCUGAAGAGAUUGCGUAUGCUAACAGGGUGGUACAAUCUUUAAAUUCAUCUUCAACUGUGGCUUACAUUUCGGGUAUAGGACUAAAGGUCAUCCCUGCAAUUUCGGCUUUUUCAAGUCUCCGAUCAGUAAACUUAUCUGGGAACUCAAUAGUUUAUAUAACACCAGGGUCCUUGCCAAAAGGUCUUCACAUUCUUGAUCUUUCAAGAAACAAGAUCGGUGCCAUUGAAGGCCUCAGAGAGCUCACUCGAUUGCGGAUUCUUAACCUAAGUUACAACCGAGUUUCCAGAAUCGGGCAGGGGUUAUCGAACUGUACCCUGAUUAAGGAGCUAUAUCUUGCUGGAAACAAAAUCAGCAAUGUUGAAGGGCUACACAGGCUUUUGAAGUUAAUAAUCUUGGAUUUGAGCUUCAACAAGAUAACAACCACCAAAGCACUUGGGCAAUUAGUGGCUAAUUAUAACUCUAUGCAAGCUUUGAAUCUAUUGGGUAAUCCAAUCCAAACCAAUAUUAGCGACGAUCAAAUACGAAAAACGCUUUGCAGCCUUCUUCCAAAACUUGCGUAUUUAAACAAGCAAGCAGUGAAUCCACAAAAGGCACGAGAAGUUGCUAAAGAAGCGGUUACGAGAGCUGCGCUCGGGAGUGGGAGUGGGAAUUCGAAUGGUCGUAGGAGAUCGGUUAAGAGAGUUGCAGGUGGUGGUUCGUCUUCAUUUAGUAGGCAUCGAAGUGGCGGUGGUAGUGGUGGUGGGCGGCAUGGGGUGAAACCGAGGCCGCGCCACAGAUCUACGAAGUCAUUGGCGGUGGGUUCCUAAAUUGAUCAUCGGUUUUGUAAUUUAAUUUUUUAUUGUAAAAUGUAAAAGUUGAUUUUAUUGUAUUUGUGGUUUAAUGAUGCUUUUAGAAAUAAGAAAUUUGAAAUGUUGCUGCCCA